GCGCCCCCUAUGCCAUUGAAAAUAAACUAAAAUGGAAGUAGGCGUCAAGUAAUGAACUUAGUCAGAGUUUAGUAUUAUCGAGAACUUGGAAAUGAAGACACAAUUGGCGUCAAAUAUUACACUUAUCUGAACAUUUACACUUUAAAUAAUGAGACCUACCAUCGACUUCAGAGAAUGUCUCAAGGAUUCGCCGAAAUUCAGGACCUCCCUGGAAGGUUCCGAGGGGGACUUGGAGAUCCUAGAAGCACGUCUAGAAAGGAUGGUGAAGUUGUGCACCUUGAUGAUAGAGACUGGAAAGUCUUUUAAAAGAGCAAGCAGCGACUUUGUGAUUGGGGUACGAGAUCUGGCAUCCUAUUUCAAAGAUGAUGAUCUGAUUGUGGAUGAUACUAAAGUGUGUAAUUGUUUGAAUAAAUUUGCUCAUGAGAUGUCAGAAAUGCUGAAGUAUUUUACGAUACUGUUGGACCAAGCUAAUCGUUCUGUUUGUAAAAACCUGGCAAAUUUUAUCAAAAAUGAUAUUAAAAAGGUGAAGGAUUCGAAGAAGGACUUUGAGAAGAUCAGUGACGAGUUGGACUCUGCCCUGGUACGCAAUGCUGGCGUCCAGCGGAGCAAACCUCUGGAAUGUGAGGAGGCUGCCAACCAACUCAAGGCCAAACGCUCUGGCUUCUCUCUGGCAUCUCUAGACUAUGUAUUUCAGAUCAAUAUUCUUCAUUCUAAAAAGAGAUUUGAUAUAUUAGAAACACUGUUAUCAUUUAUGCACGCUCAAAGUACAUUCUUCCAUCAAGGCCAUGAGUUAUUCAAGGAAUUUGAACCAGAAAUGAAAUGUGUGGCUACACAGGUUGAGGAGUUAAGUGCCAAAGCGAGUCUAGAACGCAAGGACAUGGAGCAGAGGCACAGCCUUGUACAACAGAAGAAUAUUAAACUGUCUCAGAAUAAUUCGAAUACCAGUAACGAAACCAGCAUUCAACACAUGGAGGGCUACCUCUUCAAAAAGACAAGUAAAGGAUUCAAGAGCUGGGUCAGGCGAUGGUUCAUGAUCCAGAACAAUCAGUUUGUUUACCGUAAACGGUCUGGCGUGAAGGAGUGCUCAGUGAUGGAAGAGGAUCUACGUCUCUGUACCGUCAAACCUGCGCACGAAACAGAGCGCCGCUUCUGCUUCGAUGUCUUGUCUCCAUCUAGAAGUCACAUGCUACAAGCGGAGACAGAAGAUGAUUGUCAGAUGUGGAUUACAGAGAUACAGACAGGGAUUACUAAUGCCUUCAGAAGUGCCUCAAACGUACAGAAUCAAGUGGAAGAAGAGAAUGAGAUGAAUAGAACAUUGCAGACAUCAACAGACGAGGACAAAGUUGCAUCACCUCCUCCAGUCCAACAGAGCAAGGCUCAACAGAGGAUGGAACAGCUGCUUUCUAUCCCUGGGAAUGACCACUGCUGUGAUUGCGGCUCGCCAGAACCACGAUGGACAAGCAUCAACCUCGGUAUCACCCUGUGUAUAGAGUGCUCCGGCAUCCACAGGAGUUUCGGAGUCCACUUGUCCAAGGUGCGAUCCAUCACUCUGGACGCCUGGGAACAAGAACAAAUGAAGGUCAUGGUUGAACUUGGCAACGAUAUCGUCAACCGUAUCUAUGAGGCUAGCGUAGAUGAGUCCAUAGCAACCAAAGCCACAUUUGAUUGUAAAAGAUCUGUUAGAGAAAACUGGGUACGUUCUAAGUAUGUAGAUAAGGCAUUUGUGAUGAAACUACCGGGACCGAAGGUAGCUAGUCGUGCACGGGGUUGGAGUGUCAAGAGAAAAACCAAGCGGCCGUCACCAAGUCGCUCACUGAACAAAGACGAGUCUCACUCCGACUUGGAGUCCGAUGUGACCAGUGGUCUUAUGGAAGAGGCUGUCCUCUCCCCCAAGGACAGUGCGGUUUUGUCUGUGUCAAACACAUCCAAGGACUGUGAUAGUGGACUGGGGGCUAGUGCCACCGACGUCAUCGUAUUUGGGGAUUCAGAAAUAGAGGUCCCUGAUCUCACUACAAGUCUGGACCUGGAGAGCUCUGAGGACUCGGAGGUCGAGGAUGACGGUGAGGAUACAAAGUCGACAACGUCGUGGGAAGACAUGAGUAAGCUGGACCCCAAUAUGCUACUGUAUAAGGCGGCCCAGGCCCGUAACCUGGCUGUGAUGUUGGAGGCCCUUGCCAACGGAGCCGACCCUAACUGGGUACACGAGGAAGAGGAAGGAAAAACGCCCCUUAUGAAAGUCGUGGAAACUGGAUCUCUGUCUGCCUGUGAAUUUCUACUGCUGAAUGGUGCCAAGCUGACACGGGAGGAUAAAAACGGCCGUACACCGCUACACCAUGCCACCAUGAAUGGCAACACAGGACAAGUGUGCCAGUUUCUGAAGAGGGGGGCUGACCUCCACUCCAAGGACAAAAAGGGACAGGAUCCCUUAGACAUAGCCGUGAGUACGGCCAACGCUGAUAUAGUCACCUUAUUGAGAUUAGCAAAGUUGAAUGAGGAGAUGAAGGAAUCGGGAGGAGGUUUUAACAAUCCAGGAGACGACACCUUCCAAGAUGUGUUCCGAGAUUUCAGCAACAUGGCGUCAAACAAUCCAGAGAAAUUGAAACGGUCAAACACUACAGGUAGCAGCAGUAACCAGACCUAGCACCCCCCAUGACAAGAGACGGUUUCUCCCUUGGGCAGGCCCAGUGUAAUUAUGGGACAGAUAGAAAUGGGGAGGAAAUGACAUAGUUAUCUCCUCUUAGUUUAUUGUUAUAGCAUUAGCAGCUAUUGACUUUAUUUUGGCAGAUUGAGACAGACUAGAGAGAUCUGUGUACUGUACUGUGAAAUGGAACCUUGGUAAUCACAAUGCUUUGGGCUGCCUUUUCUUGGCAGGUUCGCAAAGAUUUAUAACCGAAAUUGUUACAUUUAAAAACGGACAAAGUGGUUGUUCCAGCCCUUGGUUUACAUAGAAAAGAGGAAGUGAAUGUUUUUUGUCCAUGGUAUGCUUUGGCUUACAUAAAGAAGGAGGAAUAUCUAUUUGCUCAUGGAUGAUGGUAGUCUCACCUUAGCAUAUAACUCAAAAGUGACCUAUUGCCAUCUGUCUUAGUUUAUUAUGUUUGAAUGUUUCAUAUUUUCAACUUCUUCUCUGAAAUCACUAGAUUUCAACCAAAUUUGGUAUCAAGCAUCAUUGGAUAAAAGGAUCAGUGUUCCCUUAUUUCAUGCCCAAAACCCUUGUGGGGGCCGAGUGUGAGGCUCAGAAAGAGAACUUCACAACAAGUUUCAAAACUUAACAUCAAGAAUGAGAAGAGCUUAUAUCUAUUUCGGUUUUGAAGGUCUAAGGGCAUUGAAUUAAGUUUCUCACAUUGAGUCUCUUGAACGUAUAGUUAUAUAGGAGAAAACAAAACAUAUUGCUCCUUCUUAAGUACCAGGCAAAUGUUGACCAAUUUUUUAAAGAAUCAUCCAUGUGAUAAGGGGUUUCCAGCCCAAGUGAUUUUGAAAAUAAAUAUCCAACUAACCUUUCUGAAGUUCUACUGAGCCAACUUUAUUCAGGGGUGGAUUAAUAGCCAUGGGCUACUUAUUUCUGUAAUUAAAAUCUGUUUUAUUUUCUAAAUAUAUUUAUAUGUCUGGGUGAGCAAGUGGAUAGUCAAAGUGCAGAUUAACUAGGUUCCACUUCAUAUUGAAAUGAAAUGUUUAUUAACUCAUUCACCCCUAAAGACACAUUUGAACUCUUCCAAUUCAAAGGUUGGAAUAGUUCAUUGAGAAAUUUCAGGGGUGAAUGAGUACAGUUGUUAACGUAAUUGCUUAACUAUAAACAAAUUGUUACCUAGUAACACUGUAUUGGUUAAUGUGCUCUGUUGAUAGUACUCAUUGAUUUUACAUAACAAUGCCAAAUGUAUAUACGUCACUGUGUUUGUAAACACCAACCAUUGUACUGUAAUGUUUGUACUUGUGUAUAUAGAGAUCCAGAUUGUGUAUGUUGUAAGAGAGAAUAGUCUUCAAGUGGAUUGGAUUGUUAUGGAUUUAUCAUCUAUGGUACUACAUGUACCUACAUAAUCUAGCCCAAGAAUUCUCCGGGGGGUGGGGCAGGGGGAUGAGCUUAGAAUCUUUGUUCAAUGUUUCUGUCAUUGUAGUUUCAUUGAUAUCAUUUGUAAGUUGAUUUCUGUUUCAUUUUUAACAAAGAUAGAUAUUGCAUAGAUAAAGAUAUUUGCAUGGUCAAGAAGAGUAAUGUUUGACGUUUUUCCCAUCAUAAGACCUAGUUUACACUAAUGCAAAAUCCAGUGACUUAGCUAAAUGAUGUAUAAAUGUUACCAUUUGUUUAGACUACUUGACAUGGCCAUAUACUUGUAAUUGUGAGUUUCAGUUCAUGAGACUGGACUGGGUCGAUCACAAGUGACAAGAUAGCUCUGUUAAAUUUCAUAGAGCAUCCACCGCGAGACAGGUGUCCAAAUCUAAGCCCUGUAGCACAUUUCUCUUCUGUUUCAUGUGUAAACAAUUUUAUGUAAAAUAUCUGUUCUGAUUUGUUCAAUGUUGUCAUAAAUGUUUUGAAGAAAAUAAUUAAAUGUCAGCAAACGAACCAUUUCAUUAGGAUCAAUGUCGCACUAUGCCUUAACAACUUGCGAGUUGGUAAUAGUAUGUUGUAGGUAUGUUACAAUGCAUAUAGGGCGAGUCAUUUACAAUGUCCAUAGGAAAGGUUACGAGGAUGUUUCUUUAAUUUGCUUGUAAUAUACACAGGAUUAGCAUCUUGUACUAACUUGUAAAUGUGGUUAUUGAUAAUUAUGUACCUACUUUAUUAUAGAAUUGUUUUAUUUGUUGACUAUUGAAGUGUAGUAAACUGUGUAGUGUAAUGGGUAGCAUAUGACAUAAGUUAAAUUACAUGUUUAAUUGAUGAAUAACAGAAUUUUUCUUUAUUGUCAAAAGAGAAAAAACCUUGUAAUGAACAGUACCAAUGAGAUUACUGCCUCUGGUCCUUGUUACAUUUUUGAUAAAAUAGGGUACCUAUUGAAAGAAAUACAACCUGAUUAACAUAUACCAGGUAUAGUGCAAGUUCCUUAAGCAAACUAGUUUUGGGCCUCACUCAAACCUGAUUAAUGGGUCAAUAAUUCACAUUACACUGACAUGCUCUUCAAAAAAGGUCAGACUUGCGGUAAUGGGUAUAACUAAUAUAAAAAUAUAUGAGGAAUAAUAUUCUCUUUACAGAAAAAGCUUUUUUUUUCAAUACUAAUAGGUAGAAUCAUUUAAUACUAAAAUUAUUGGAAUUUUGUUACAAGACCAUAAUCAGAAACACAACACACCAUCUAGGCUGCUUACAUCUGUCAUUUACCAAACAGUAAAAGAUUUGACGAGUUGAGAUGGACUUAGUGCUUAAUGAAGUUUUCUAGAUGAUAAUUUCCUCUUACAAUUCUGGAAUAUCCCUUAAUAAUUGUUGAUACUUUAGUGUCUGUAUUUUACUCAACCUCUGGUCAAAUACUCCUGUCAGCUCUGGCCAUAAUCUGUUGAACAUUUAUAUGUCACCAUGUUGAGUAAUUAGAUAUUUUUUGUUUAUUUAAGCUCACGCAUAAACAAUAUGAACAAAAUGUGUAAUAGUUUGAUUAAUUAUUGUUUGAGGACAAAUUGGCAAUCUCUCAAUUUCUCUUUUUAUUAUUAUUGAGUGUAUGUGUUUAUUAGUUACUAUUAUUUAUGGUUUAUGGAUAUAGAUAUAUAAACUACCUUUCAUAAAUACUGAUUGAUUAGAAAUGAGUAUUUUAUAAUCAAGUUUUGAUUAUACAAAUUUUAUAAUAUUAACAAGGUCAUAAUUUAAAUGUUCUAUCAAACAUUUUUUUUGUCAAUACAUGUAUUCAUUAAUAAGCUCAGAAGCAAGAAGAAUUAAUUGAAACGAUGUUUCACGAUAUUCAUAAAUGAGGAGGAUCAUUAUCAUGUACCUGGUACAUAUAGCUACAAUUCUUUCACUAAGUGUAUUGUAUUCAUGCCUCUCUCCACAAACAAGUACAGUAUAUAUAUCUAGCUAAUUGAAGGUACCAUAUCAAAGCCUCCGUGCCAUAUUUCUAUACAAUGAUACAGGUCAAGGUCAAAAUUAGAAUUUGAUCAUUAACGUCAUUAUUCACUGAAUAUUUCUAAAACCAUAAAACAUAUCAGUACAUAGCACACAUACUACAUUAUGAUUGUCUGUCAAUAAUGGGACAUCAGUUCAGUGAUAAAUGAUGAAAUAAUAACUACAUACUUUAACAUGCCGAGACAUCCUGCAGUAAACAGGGAUUAGCAAAAACAUUUGCUAGUUCAUAACUUGUAAUUUGCUCUUUCCAAGGGUAAGUUCUGUAUGUAAAAUACACAGAUUAACCAACUGUAAAAUCUGUUUACGGUAUGUUUAAAUCUUUAUGCGAUUAUUAGUGGUAGUUGUUGAGCGUGUGUGAAUGUUGUACGUACAUGUAUGUAGUAUGUAGGCCUCCACAGUGAUGAAGGCUAGCCACUCUCUUUCCCCGUGAUAUUCCUCUAUUAAAUGGAGUGCAAUUCUAUUCUAACUUAUAUUAUUUCUGACAUAUCUGUAUAUAUUGUAACAUAUUGCUGAAGAUGGCAUUAGAGAUAUACCAUAUUAUUUCCUGUAUACCUCGCGUGGAUUUUGUCCUUUGCAAUGUGUAGAUAUACAUAAUGAUGCGUUGUACAUACUGUAUUUGUUCAAUGUUUGAGUUAUUUAUGGAGGAUGUAGGAGACUUUUUAAAUUUGCCUGAUUACUUGUAUUUGCCUAUGUUAAAUUCAAUUCAGUAUUGUGAUUAAUGAUUUUUCAUGAAUUUUACACCUAUUACUAAAAAAAUCUGAAUUUUGAUGAUUUUCAUGUAUGUCAGUUGAAACAUAUUUAAAUAAUCUACUAAGAAUCAACUCUUAUAUAGUACUCCUUCAUUGUGAUAUUAUUUGCCAGAUAUCUAAAGAAAUUUGCAAAUAAAAAUUGACUUUGAAAAUUAAAAUACAGAUGUAUGUAUGCAUUUUAUUGAGAAUAUGUUGCAUUUGACAUUCAUUUUUUCAUGAUUUAUAGACACAAAUUCUUUCGCUAUCAUUUGUCAUUUUAAUCAUUUUGCUUCAGAAGUCACUGUGCAGUUGUGAUUAAAGUUUAUUUUGAUCAGAUGACGCUUUAUUUAAAACACCCUAAAGACUACUUCAACAGCAAACAAUGCAUUGAUUUUUGUUUAGUGAUUUAUUUUGGCCUAUUUUUAAGAUAAAAAGAAAAAGGAAAUAAAGGUACGGGUAGCC